AUGGCGAACAAGAUUCCUCGUAGCUAUGCGCCUGGUGACAACAAGGACUACGACAAGAAGAAGCCAGGCAACGAGGAGUCUGAGUCCCAGUACCCGUUGGUGGUGGCACAGCCGCAGAAGAAACAUGUGGCCUAUGUGUUCUACUACUACCAUUCUGGGAGCGGACGUCGCUCGGAGUGGAUGACCCUCUGCAAGGACACUAUGCAGUGCAACUUCCGGAGCAGAACUCGUGGAGGAGCAUUGCGCUGGAGUGGAUUGCAUGGCAAAUGGAGCUGGGAUGAUGGCACUCUCCGGAUUUGGGACUGGAACUGCCGGGGCGAGCAUGCGCCCAAAGCGUGCCGCAAGGACACGGGAUUUGUCUUGGCUGCAGACAAUGAGUUCCUUUGUGAUCAGAUAUCCCCGUGCGGUCAUGCGGUCCGGAGACGAAUGUGGUACAUUGGCGAAUUCCACAUCGAGGUCCUCGAGGCGUUGGCUGCUGAAGCGGAGCUGGAGGAUGUGACGGCGCUGUCAAUUGCGUCAUGGCAGCCAUCGUCAUUGUCAAUUGCGUCAGGUGUGCUGGCUCUGGAGGAUGGCACAGAAGUAGAGGAUGGCGAGUGGAUUCUCUUUUGA